AUGAGUGCGGCUGGAAAUGGUGCGCCAGCCCUGGGUGCCACAGAAGAUGGGUCUAGGCGCAAUCACACCGAACCUACGGUGAUGGAUGGGCUAUCAAGCUCCAAGGUCACGGUUGAAUACCAUGACCCAUCUGGAGUAUUUCCGUUGAUUCAAGCAGACUUGGCGGCUCGACUACCGCUUCGGAACCUGCAUUGGAAAGCCCCAACGAGGCCUUUACGGUCCAUUGACUCGCUGCAUAUCGAUCUUGUACCCAGUAAAGAAUCUGCACAAAUUACGAGCUCAUCAACACCGGGACAAACUUCUAGACCUGGUACUUCAGCCACCCCAACUAGGACCACCGACGAGAUAUUCCGCCCGGCUACCAAAGAAAAAGAACGAAGACAUCAGAUACCUGGAUUGCGUCAAACUCCAUAUCUUAAGGUCUACCUCCUAAGAUGUGAUGAUUCGGAUACGUACAAGUCAACUGCGCGAAAGCAGAUACGAGAAUGGGUAAAGGACCACACCCCACCUUCUCAGAGUAGCACAUCUAGUACGCAGGAAAACCAUGAUGCCUUUGAGUGGAUGAUUCUUCAUGUUGUGGUGCCUGAUACCCCGGCAGCCAGCCAGCCUCGAUGGUCUACUACGAGCACUUCAGGCGAGAAGGAGAAGAGUGGCAUGAAGUGGACUCGUGGUACAACAACUUUGCUGGAAAAGUUGAGGGCCGACUUCAAUAUUCCAUCGAAAUCGGCACCGGAUCGCAUUGCUCAGAUUCGAGUGCCAAAAGAUCGAGUUCCUCCACACAUGUUGCCAAGCCCAGCACCUGUGAGCUCUUCAGCCGUUGUGGAGAGCCCACAAGAGCAAGAGCGGGCUUGGUCAGAUGUCAUCACUAGACUCAAAGUUCUGAUCCUAUUAUCAUUCGAUUUACGGGUCGGUCAGUACGAGGAAAACAUUCGGAAGAACGAAGCACAGCGGUCAUUCCCUGGCUGGAACUUCAAUACAUUCUUCAUCCUGAAAGAAGGGCUUGCAAGGGGGUUCGAAAGCGUUGGUUUGGUCGAAGACGCUUUGCUUGGGUACGAUGAGCUAUCAAUUGGGUUGGACACCAUCAUUCGUGACCAAGCUAGCGGAGAGGCACAGGGAGGAACUCUACUAAGCUACACAGAAGAACUUUAUCAGAAAGCAAACGAUCUUAUUAAGCACAAAGGUCAGACUGGGGAGGAUGGAUUGAAUCCACAAGUGCAGAUUCACGAUGACAGGCCCAUCGAUGCUCAGAAAAAGGACUAUCGUGGGUUGAUUCUCGCCAACAACAUAUCUGUCCUUGACUUCCGGAUAUAUUUGUUUGCACGACAGAUGUCUCUGCUCUUGAGAUUGGGAAACUCCAUCUCGGCACGCUCGGAUCUUGCGGCCAAAUUGCAGCCCCGCCCAAAUGCUAAUCCAAUGCAGCGCGCAAGCGACGACAGCUCCGUCGGUAUGAAAUCUGGUGGGCCGACUAAUGAGUCCGAGGACCUCUUCUCCUUGGCUGAUCUCUGCUCUCGUGCACUCAACUUUGUCACAUUUGCCGGUAGACUUCUGCGAGAGGACCUGAUUACUGGCGCAAAAGCCAAUGAGACAGUCUUUCCAGAUCACAUCAUCGACAACAUUGUCCGUUCAUGGACAUUCGCCGCGCUAGAUCAAGUACUACGUGAGACUUCUACGAAUUCACUUCCCUUUACCAAGUCUUCCAAGAACCUCUUGACCGGGUCUCCAGGGAAGAGUCUAUCAUUUAGCGGCCGAAGUAAGGAACAGAAGAUGAGUGCCAUUGAACAAAAGUCAAUGGUACAUCCAUCCCGUUCUUCAUCCCUGAGCACUGGUCGUUCCGGCUCUGCGGAUAUGCCAUAUGCGCAGCCCACGGCAAGUGGUCAGGUGAUCUUCGAGAACGGACAGUAUCGGGAUCCACUAGCUUCAAGCCAGGCAGGCGCGAAAGUCUCAAACAAGAAUGGCCUACAAGAGCUUGCCGGUCUUAGAGCUCAGCUACUCGCUAUACAGCGUCGUCUGCUUGAACACGUUGGAAGAACUCUGGGUUGGGACAUUGGCUGGGCAGCUAUCCUCCCAUCACUAAGUAUCACAGAGGAAAUGAGUGACGUUAACCUGGAUGAAGACGCAGAAAAGGAAGACAAGGUUACUCCAAAUACUACGAAAGAGGGCCAUUCUGAUCCAGUACUCGGCAUCGUCGCUGGACCAUUGGUCAGGGCAGUGUCGUCCAUUGAGCAAUUUCGCCAGCUCUACGAGAAUUUGAGUGAUAUCAUCGUAAAGCAUUACAUGGCGGCAGGACAGAGUAAAUCGGCUGAAAGUGUGCUAGGUGAUUUAGCCGCACUACGAUUUGAGAUGGGCGAUUUCGCUGCAGCUUCUGCCUACUUUGGGCGUAUGGCUUCACAAAGCUCCCUCUUUGCAGAAAGCAGGUGGAAUACUGUGGAGACUACUAUGCUCAAGAUGCAUGCUCGUUGCCUUAAGAAGCUCAAUCGCAAAGACGAGUAUGUUCGAACGUUGCUCGACUUACUCGCAAAGUCUGCUGCAAGUCGAAUGGCGUUCCGACCCUCUUCAAAGCGCGUUGAAUCAACGGACGCAUCGAAAUUCCCUCAUGACUGGUUAAAUGAUGACAAAGUAGACACAACUGGAGCUUUCCAGGAGCUAGUGAACUACUCGCAACAGCUGCCUUAUGAUGUUACGGUGAAGAUGCCCAAGUACUUCAGCGAUAUCUCCGUAGAGCCACACGUGCGCCAUUACGAAGACAAGGACGGAUUCCAAUUGCGUCUCCAAUUCAGACAUCUUUUAGAAGACGAAAUUGAAAUUCGUGCCGCAAAAGUUAGGCUUAUUAACACCGCCCAAGCGCCAGGCAAGGAACUAUGGCUUGAGAAUACAGAAGCGACACAGUUGAAGAAGGGGCUGAAUCGCAUGUGGUUAGGCUGUAACAUUAAUACGAUUGGUCCGUACAUGGUUGAUAAAAUCAUCCUCGAGGCCAAGCGAAUCGUUUUCGUACAGGAGCCUCUGACAAGGACCGAGGCAACAACACCUCUCGGCAUCACUACUUCAAUCUCCGCCCAUUCGCUCAAGGCGGCCAAAAAGGCGCGGAUACUAUGCUUUCCCCGCGCGGAAGCCUUCAACGCAAGGAUCUACCUCUCGCACUUCAUCCACAUUGACAAACCACGUCAUGUCGAGAUUGAGAUUUCGAGCGGCUGGAAUGAGAUUACGCGUGCAGAGAUCCGACUAAAGUCGGCGUCUGCUGGGUUGCGUUUGAGGACAGCGAAUGCAACCGUCGAAGCUGGAGAUAUCACGGUCGAAGACAACAAGGCACCUGGCACGAUUGUGAUUGGUAAUAUGGCAGCUAAUACGAUGGCGACUUUGAAGAUACCCUAUGACAUGGAGUCGAUUCUGCAGGAUCUUGCUAUCAAACUCGAGCUUGAUUAUACCACCCAAAAAGGCCAGUUCCAGUUUGUCGCACUGUCUAUCAUUCCGGUCGAGCUACCUUUGGACGUCAACGUACAUGACCACUUCAAGGGUAACUCUCUUUUUUCAAAAUUCAAUAUUAAAACGGCGAACCACAUACCGCUAGAACUUCUAAACGUUGAGCUUGAAGGUUCGGACGAGUUUAGAGUUCAUGCACCAAGAAGAUCCAAGGAACUGCUGCACGUCUUUCCUAAACAACCAGUAGCAGUCACGUACAAGAUCACAAAGAAAUCUAUUGAGUCCUCCGAGAAGCAAGAAAGUCGUAACCCGCCUUCCGGUAGCUUGGCGCUAUCUGUAGAAUAUCGAUGCCUGGAUGAGGUUGUCCUUGAUCGCGUACGAAAGCUCUUCGCAGAUGCAGCUGCUAAAAGCCCAGUACACCGAAUGGCGCGUCUUUUGACUCAUACUUUCGCUGACCGGGUACAACAUCACAUUUUACCACAUCAGUACGAGAGAAUUGCUUUACUGGAAAAGCUCGAUCUUGGCGCUUUCGAACACAUGGGUUGGGGCGAUUGUCUAGAUAGCCUACCUCCUGUCAUACGAGAUGACACGAAGGCCUGGUUACAGAAGUGGCAUGAAGAACACAAGACAAUUCUGAUUCCUCAGAAAUCAGAUGUAGAUCACGCGUCGCCAGCAACUGCACCCCCAUCGCCCUACCCUCCUCGCCAUAUCAUCAUCACAGUAUCGGUGCCGCAAACCCACAUCCUCCAUACCGUGGCCCUCGACUUCUCAUCCGCUGCUAUGGCCUCCCAGAUCCCUUCAAUAGCUACAAUUGGCCAACCGAUCAUGACAACACUACGCAUCUCGCAUACUAGACGCUGGGGGUCACCGUCAAGUCUCAUCUCUGCCGCCCAUCUAUGCUCUGCAUCCGAUCCGAUCGACUUCAUUUACACCAUUGAUGCCAACCCCGAGAAUUGGCUUAUAGCAGGCCAACGCCGUGCCCAUUUCACGGCUAGCGAGGAUGAGAGGCUCGAAUGGCCCAUCAUGCUGAUCCCACUCAAGCCUGGCUGCAUACUUUUACCCAACGUGGAGAUACGCGCAAAGAUCAAACCAAGGGAGGAAGGUAAAUCUGGUGCAAAGGAAGCAACAGCACCAACAGCAAAAGUGGAAGAGCAGGCAUUGACUUGCGAGACGGAUUAUCUUAGUUAUGGGGAUUCGGUCAUGGUGGUACCGGAUUUGAGAAGCAGUACAGUGGGCAUCUCGGACAUGAGCUUGGGGAGCCCGAGGAGUGUGGUUUGGUUGGAGAGUAAAGGGGGGUGA